UUUUUAUUUUUUGGUUGCCUCUCAAAUAUGAAAAAUAUUGCUUUCAAACUGUAUACCAACAUGUUUUUUUCUCUAUAUAAAUACACCCCUCUUACUUGAAUCUUUUGUACAUACAAAUUAGCCUUCUCUCUCUCUCUCUUCUUUCUCUCUCUUGUUAAUUUGUAAAUGGCUUUGUCUAUGGUUUCUCAUGUAGUACUAUUGUUGUCAUUGUUUGGCUUCUGUCUGAGAGCUACUUAUGGUGACAAUGGCGGUUGGCAAAGUGCUUAUGCUACUUUCUACGGCGGUAGUGAUGCAUCCGGCACCAUGGGAGGGGCUUGUGGGUAUGGCAAUUUGUACAGCCAAGGGUACGGUACAAACACGGCGGCGCUUAGUACAGCUCUGUUCAACAAUGGGAUGAGCUGCGGAGCUUGCUUCGAGCUCCGGUGCUCUUCCAACCCGAAAUCGUGUCUUUCGGGCAGCAUAAUGGUGACCGCCACCAAUUUCUGCCCGCCUAACCCUUCUCUACCCAACAACAAUGGCGGGUGGUGCAACCCUCCACGUCAGCACUUUGAUUUGGCCCAGCCCGCCUUCGUGCAAAUUGCCCAAUAUCGCGCCGGGAUUGUCCCCGUCUCUUUCAGAAGGGUUCCAUGCAAAAAGAAGGGAGGAAUCAGGUUCACGAUAAACGGGCACUCGUACUUCAACCUAGUAUUGGUGACGAAUGUGGCCGGUGCGGGAGACGUCCACAGCGUGUCGAUCAAGGGGUCGAAAACCGGGUGGCAAUCGCUGUCGAGAAAUUGGGGUCAAAAUUGGCAGAGCAAUUCGUAUCUCAAUGGUCAAAGCCUAUCUUUUCAAGUUGCCACUAGUGAUGGAAGGACCGUUACAAGCUACAAUGUAGCUCCCGCCAAUUGUGACAUUGAUAGAAAAUUUAAAUGGCUUUUCAAGAGCUAUGAAGCGACUACCCAAAAUAGUGCAGAUUCAUUCAGCAGAAUAAUUCACACAGUAGUCACAUUCUCAUGUUUUUUUGUAGUGUUGCAUAUCAUGCCGUCAACCUUGAUGAUUGUGUUGAAGUAUGGAGGGUCGUUUGGGGUGAAGAUAUGCCAGAUCUGA